AUGCCCGGAGCCGCGCCAUGGGGACCGUGGGGGCCGCCGAGGAGGAGGACGGGGCGCAGCCCUAGACCGUGCCGAGCCGCCCCCGACAUGGGGGAGCCCGAGGAGCUGGUGCCCGAUUCAGGUGCUGUUUUCACGUUUGGAAAAAGCAAGUUUGCAGAAAAUAUUCCCAGCAAGUUCUGGUUAAAAAAUGAUAUACCUGCAUAUCUAUCAUGCGGAGAUGAACAUACUGCUCUUAUAACAGGAAAUAGUAAACUAUAUAUGUUUGGCAGCAACAACUGGGGCCAGUUAGGAUUAGGAUCAAAGACAACAGUCAACAAGCCAACUUGUGUAAAAGCUUUAAAACCUGAAAAAGUAAAAAUUGCUGCAUGUGGAAGGAAUCAUACCUUGGUGUACACAGAAGAAGGAAAGGUUUAUGCAGCUGGAGGUAAUAGUGAAGGGCAGUUGGGACUUGGUGACACUGAAGAGAGAACUACUUUUCAGCUAGUCAGCUUUUUUACAGCACAGCACAAGAUAAAACAGCUCUCUGCUGGAUCCAACACUUCAGCUGCACUAACUGAGGAUGGGGUCCUUUUUAUGUGGGGUGACAAUUCUGAAGGGCAAAUUGGUCUAGCAGAAGAAGCUAAUGUGUGUGUCCCUUCUGAAGUGACCAUCGGAAAACCUAUCUCCUGGAUCUCUUGUGGAUAUUACCAUUCAGCCUUUGUAACUACAGAGGGUGAACUCUACACAUUUGGAGAACCAGAGAAUGGAAAGUUAGGUCUGUCACCUGAGCAACUGAAAAAUCAUAGAAUUCCUCAGUUGGUUCUUGGAAUUCCAGGAAAGGUGAAUCAAGUGGCUUGUGGUGGAGGGCAUACAGUAGCUUUAACAGAGGAAGAAGUAUAUACAUUUGGCCUUGGACAGUUUGGUCAAUUAGGUCUUGGCACUUUUAUUUUUGAAACCUCAGAACCAAAGGUUGUUAAACAUCUUCAGAAUCAGAAAAUACAAUAUAUUGCAUGUGGGGAAAACCAUACAGCUCUAAUAUCAGAUACAGGCCAUAUGUAUACAUUUGGAGAUGGUCGACAUGGAAAAUUAGGACUUGGACAGGAAAAUUUUACUAAUCAAUUUGUACCCACGUUGUGCUCUAAUUUUUUGAAAUUUAUAGUCCGUCUGGUUGCCUGUGGUGGAUGCCACAUGUUAGUUUUUGCUAUUCCAAGGCUCAACAAAUCUGAAGAAAUUACAGAAGAAAAAGUAAAUGAUACUGUCUUGACAGUAAUUUCUUCUGCUGGUGAUGAGCAGUCUUCUGGAAACACCUUGCAGAGAUCAUUAUCUGCAAGGUCACGGAGAAGAGAAAGGGAAAAUUCACCAGAACAGCUUGGUCGAAUGAUAAGAACACUGCCUCCUUUGGAAGUUCCCUUCAAAUCACCAGUACAUACCCCAAGCAGUACAACUCCUCUCAAGCACCCUGUAACCAACCAGCCUGAAGAAAAUAUAAGUAAUGAAAAUGACAGCCUAAAAAUAACAGAAGCAGAUGAACCAAUUGAAGGGAAAGAAAAAAAUAAUUCUUCAGCAGAAGAGUCAGAGCCUGAAAAUGAGCAAAAAAGUCUUGGAGAUACUACUGAUGUUCUAAAUAUGACACAUGUGAUGAGCCUGAAUGUGAAUGAUCAAUCUUUAAAAUUAUCACCAAUUCAAAAGCAAAAGAAUCUUGAAACAACCAAGAAACAGAAGAAACAUACAUCUUUUACUGAAAACAAUUCUAAGACCGAAUGUGAAAAAGUUAGUGGAGAUGAAGAGAUGUCAGAAACAAGGAAAGAGAGGCAGACACAGGAUGAGUCUUUGGAGAAGGAGAUAUUUAUAAACCAAGAAACAGUAGAUAAUAAGUCCCUUUUAGCCGAGUCCAUAAAUAGUGAUCCAGUCCAAAUUGUACAAGAAAAACCUGUUGAAGAGAUUUCAAAGGAAACAGAUGAAGAGAUUCUUAAAAGAGAAGAGUUAUUAAAUAACAGUGAGAUCUGGAGGGAGCAAGUAGUAGAGGAGGAAAAGGAUGAAGGAAAUAUUCUGAAGAAUUUAGAAACAAUAGAAAUAGCUUCUGACAAUGAAAUAGAACAUGACAGAAGUCCUCAACUAGAAAUAGAAGAUCUGAAGGAUGAAAGGAAGGAAGGAAAGGAUUUAGAAAAUAAUGAUAAUAAAUCUUCUGAUGGCCCACAGGCACAAGACAAAAAGGAAGAACUUCUUCAGGCUCAACCUAGUGAAAUUAAAAUUAAAGAUGAAGAAAAUGAAGGCCUUAUUGAAGAAUUUAAUAACCAGAGACAAGAUAAAAGCUCUGACAGUGAAAAAGAAACUUUAGAAACUUUAGAAGAGUCAGAAAAUAACAAAGAGGGUGAAAAUUCUAGUGAACAGGAUGUUGAGAUUGUUGAGGAAUCCCAGUCAAAUAAUGAAUGCUCUAAUGAAGAAAAAGAAGAUAGUGGAGAGGUAGAUGACCAGCUGUGGAAUCUAAAAGGUGAUGAGCAAGAGAAAGAGGAACAGGCUGAAGAGAAAGAAAUAGAUGUAAAUGCCAAAUGUGAUAAUAGUAAUGACCAAGUGAUAGAGACACAGGAAAAAGAAAAGAUGGCAACGGGAGGAGGGGCAGAGGAGGAAGAGACAGAGGUAGAGGAGGAAGAGGAGCAUGAAGAAGCUUUGGUUUCCCUAGAUGAGGAAAAUAUGGAUGUGAAUGAAGCAGAAGAGGAAGAAGCAGAACAAGAAACAGGUGAAGGAGAGGAAAAUGCAGAGGAUCAAGAAGAUUCAGAUGAAGAGACGGAGCCACUGGAAACAGAUGAAGGAGAUACAGAAGCUAAUAAUGAGCCAUCAGAUGAAGAGAGGAGAGAAAUGCAAAAGACAGAAGAGGAUAGCCAAUCAGAAAGCCACAACAAAACUGAUUCAGAAGAAACCAGUGACACCAUGGUCGAAACCAUUGGAAAGGAAGAAAAAAUUGAACAAGAACCAGCCUUUCAAGGAUGCAAUGAAAAUCAAAAAGGAAACACAAAUGAACGCAUGCCAGGCAAUUCAGAUGUCCCAGAAUAUUAUAUUGUAGCACCAAAUAGACUACUUAAAAAAUCAAGGACGGUUUCCCUUUUUAAGAGGAAGUCAGUGUCAAGUCAGAAAAAUGUGCAGAGUAUUUUUGAAACAAGGCCUAUUUCUGAGCCACUUGUAAUGGCAGACACAAGACGAAUAGGAGAUCAAGCCGAUAUUGGGAAAGACAGAAAAGAUGAAAACCAAAACCACACAGGGCAAAAUCACAUGGAAACUUCAUCAGCUAAUCAGGAGAGAAAGUCAAAGUCAUGUACAAUUCUAUAAAUACAUAUUUAUUGUUUAUGGUCUCCAAGCACAUAUUGCAAUUUAUACUUGAAAAUAAUUAUGACUUCUGAAAGAAAGUUGCUGAUAAUGAACUUUGUACUGUAAGUUAAUUAUUUGUUUUCUUGGGGUUUGGACAUUGUGACCAUGGUAUUGGUAUUUAUUUCUACUGAUAAUAUUAGUAUAAGAAGUACACUCUGAAAAUCUUACUAAAGUGU